GACUCUUCCAACCCUUCAACCCAAUAACGAAAACGUUCCGGGUUGGUAAGAGUCGUUCCCUUGCGUAUGCUGUAAGUGGCCCUAUAAACCCCAACAACAACAACAACUCGUCCCCUUUUCUGUCUGCAGCUGGUGUUGGGCAGUGUUAUGUGCCCAGGCAGGGUGAGGUAGGGCACAGGCCAGGGCGAGGUGAGGUGGCAGCCGUUCUUGACUCCAAGAAGCUUGAUUUAAGACGACACGUUUGAUAUUACCGCCUGAAACAUUUUGCCUAAUGAGCCAUGGCAGGAUUUGGCUUAGAAGAAAUUGGCAUCCCAGGAGGAGUGUACCUUAAGGAAUCACUCACGCACUGUACUGAUCCUCUGAAGGCUAUAGAAGAGUUCCAGGUAGAAAAUGGUAUCCUCCUGCCAUCACUGAGGCCCAUGCUGCACCUUUUGGACCUGCAUGGUGUAAAGCGACUUGAUUUUCACAAUUCUAUUAUGGAGGAGCUCCGAGAUAAGUUAAUAUUUCAGAUAACUGAGCUAGGGAAGCGAGAGGGCAGAGACAGAGAUCGUAAACUGAAAGAGCUGCUCACCAAAAGCUUUCCUGUCAUCAAAAUUAAAGCCCUCCGCCCUGUUGUCAUGUGCAUACUGAAGCACAUGUCGCAUGUUGAGGACAAGUACCUGAAAAUAUUGGUACGAGAUAGAGAAUUAUACGAAGCAUGUGACACUGAAGUGAAACGUCAGAUCUGGAAGGAUUCACAAGCACUGUUUGGAGAUGAGGUGUCUCCCCUUUUAACAGGCUAUAUUACAAGCAAAGAAGAUACUCUCUUUAAUGUUGAAAAUCUUAAUAAUUUGUUUUUUAGUCCUUCACCAAAGGCUCGUCGUCAGGGUGAGAUGGUUCAGAAACUAGUACAUAUGAUUGGCAAGAAUGUCAAGCUAUAUGACAUGGUUCUCCAGUUUCUACGCACCCUCUUCCUUCGUACACGAUUCAUUCAUUAUUGUUCCUUGCGUGCAGAGCUCCUCAUGGCAUUACAUGACAAAGAAGUUCACGACAUCAUUGCAGUUGAUCCGUGCCACAAGUUUACUUGGUGUCUAGAUGCUUGUAUCAGAGAAGGAAAAGUUGAUGCCAAGAGGUCUCGGGAACUACAAGGCUUCUUGGACAGCAUUAGACGUGGUCAAGAGCAAGUGUUAGGGGAUCUUUCAAUGAUUUUGUGUGAUCCAUAUGCUAUCAACUUUUUGGCAAACUCAGUUAUACGACUAUUGCAACAUCUUAUGAAUAAUGAAGCCAUGCCAAGGGAGAAUUCUGUAUUGGUAUUAAUGCUGCGAAUGUUGGCAUUAGGAUUACACAGUUGGGACAUGAUAGAGAGUCAGUUAUUCCGAGAACCUAAACUGGACCCCCAAAUUGUCACAAAAUUUUUGCCUGCUCUUGUGUCUUUGAUGGUGGAUGAUGAUGUGAGAAGAUUUAAUGCCAAGUUACCACUGGAUGAGAGAGAAUCUGCCAUCACCAUUAUUGAACAUUCUGGCAAGUACAAAUGUUAUUCUGUUAGUAAAGAGCAUAACUCUUCCUUGGACUUAGACUAG